AUGGCUGACGAUAAAGAAGUUGAGAAAACUAUUGCUGAAGACUUGGUUGUAACCAAGUAUAAGCUAGCUGGGCAAAUUGUUAAUCGUGUUUUGGAACAACUAAUCGCAAAAUGUGUUCCUAAAGCGUCUGCCAGAGAAAUAUGCGAAUUUGGCGACAAACUUAUAUUAGAAGAGACCUCCAAGGUGUUCAAAAAGGAGAAGGACUCGAAGAAGGGAAUAGCGUUUUCAACAUGCGUGUCUGUGAACAACUGUAUAUGUCACUUCUCGCCCAUCCCUAGCGAAAGUGAUUACAUUCUUAAGGAGGGUGAUUUGGCCAAGAUUGACUUGGGUGCACACAUAGAUGGAUUUAUAGCGGUGGUUGCACACACAGUUGUCGUUGGCGGUGUAGAAGUCUCUGGACGCGCUGCAGAUGUUCUUCUUGCUGCACAUUAUGCUAGUGAAGCUGCCCUAAGAUUACUAAGACCUAAUAAUGAGAACUAUGCAAUAACUGAUGCAGUGCAGAAAAUUACUGCUGAAUAUGGCUGCAAGCCUGUGGAAGGAAUGCUCUCACACCAACUUAAGCAGUUCCGCAUCGAUGGUGAGAAGAGCAUCAUUCAAAACCCUUCAGAAGCUCAACGUAAAGAGCAUGAAAAGGCCACCUUAGAGACAUAUGAAGUUUAUGCAAUGGAUGUUCUUGUUUCUACUGGAGAGGGGAUUGGUCGGGAGAUGGACACAAGGUGUACAAUAUACAAGAAAACUGAUGAAAUUUAUCAAUUAAAAUUAAAAGCCUCAAGAAUGUUCUACAGUGAGGUCCGCAAUAAGCAUGGUUCGAUGCCUUUCAACUUACGCAGCUUCGAUAAGGAGACUAGUGCAAGACUAGGAGUCGUUGAGUGUGUCAACCAUAAACUUAUUGAGCCCUUCCAGGUGCUGUAUGAACGUUCAGGUGAACUAGUGGCACAGUUCAAAUUCACAGCACUGCUGCUUCCAAGUGGCACUCAUCGUAUCACCGGGCUGCCUUUUGACAAGAGCCACUGCAAGAGCGAACGCAGCAUCAAGGAUCCUGAACUGAAUGCACUCCUCAAUUCAUCUGCGAAAUCCAACAAGAAGAAGAAAAAGAAAACUGGCGCUGAAGAGCCUAUGGAAGUUGAAACUGUUGCCUAG